GCUGGGAGGGCCUGCGGGAGCUGCAGCUGAGCAUAGGGACAGGGACUCACCAGCCAUGGAAGUCAUAUUCGGCCGAAACAGGACGGAGCAGCAGGAGCCCGUGAGGGCCCAGGUGACAGGCAAGAUUCCAACCUGGCUGCAGGGAAUCCUGCUUCGGAACGGGCCUGGGAUGCACUCAGUGGGGGAGACCAGGUACAACCACUGGUUUGAUGGCCUGGCCUUGCUCCACAGCUUCACGAUUAGAGACAGUGAGGUCUAUUACAGGAGCAAGUACCUGCGCAGCGACACCUACACCGCCAACAUCGAGGCCAACAGGAUCGUGGUGUCGGAGUUCGGGACGAUGGCUUAUCCGGACCCCUGCAAAAACAUUUUUUCCAAAGCGUUCUCCUACUUGUCCCACACCAUCCCCGAUUUCACCGACAACUGCCUGAUUAACAUCAUGCGGUGUGGCCGGGACUUCUACGCCACCACGGAAACCAAUUACAUCAGGAAAAUCAACCCGCAGACCCUGGACACCCUGGAGAAGGUUGAUUACCGGCAGUACGUGGCUGUGAACCUGGCUACGUCCCAUCCUCAUUACGAUGCAGCCGGGAACGUUCUUAACAUGGGCACGUCCAUCGUGGACAAGGGGAAGACGAAGUAUGUGUUGUUUAGGAUCCCCAGCACAGUGCCAGAAGACAAGAAGAAAGGGGCGAGCUGCCUGAAGCACACUGAGGUGUUCUGCUCCAUCCCCUCCCGCUCCCUGCUCUCCCCGAGCUACUAUCACAGCUUUGGCCUCACCGAGAACUACAUCAUCUUCCUCGAGCAGCCCUUCAAGCUGGACAUUCUCAAGAUGGCGACUGCGUACAUCCGGGGAGUGAGCUGGGCAUCCUGCCUGUCCUUCCACAAGGAUGACAAGACUCACAUCCACAUCAUUGACCAGAGGACUAGGAAGCCAGUAGUGACCAAGUACUACACGGACCCCAUGGUGGUCUUCCAUCACGUCAACGCCUACGAGGAGGAUGGCUGCAUCCUCUUUGACGUAAUUGCCUACAAGGAUAGCAGCCUCUACCAGCUCUUCUACAUGGCCAACCUCAACCGGGACUUUGCCGAGAACUCCAGGCUCACCUCUAUCCCGACCCUCAAGAGGUUCGCCGUGCCCCUCCAUGUGGACAAGGAUGCCGCAGUGGGCUCCAGUUUAAACCUGCCGCCCUCCACCACAGCAACCGCACUGAAGGAGGGAGAGGGCCUGGUCUACUGCCAGCCGGAAGUGCUGUACGAAGGCUUGGAGCUCCCGAGGAUCAACUACGCUCACAACGGGAAGCCGUACCGCUAUGUCUUCGCUGCCGAAGUCCAGUGGAGCCCCAUCCCAUCAAAGAUCCUGAAGUAUGACCUCAUCACUAAGUCGUCCUUAAAGUGGGGAGAGGAGCACUGCUGGCCGGCGGAGCCCCUGUUUGUGCCCAGUCCAGGCGCCGAGGAAGAGGAUGACGGCGUUAUCUUAUCGGCCAUUGUCUCUACCGACCCCCAGAAGCCGCCUUUCCUGCUAAUUCUGGAUGCCAAGAGCUUUACCGAGCUGGCUCGCGCCUCUGUGCAGGUGGACAUGCACCUGGACCUGCAUGGCUUGUUCAUCCCAAGCUCAGGGGAGCUGGCCUCUGACCAGGAAGCCCAAGCUGGGGCUCCUGACCAUGCUGCACCUCUGCAGGCUGAUGGCUGGGAGGCCUGUGACCCCUCAUGCACCGGACACCUCUGACAGGAAGCUGGGGUUGGCUGCACGAGUGAGUGUAGAGUGUGUCAGUCUCUUGGUUUUGUCUUAACUGUGAGAGCUCCUUGGAGGACCAGCCAAAUCUGUAUCGCUUAGCUCUAGCUCUGCUAAGAAAGCCCCUUCCCUCCUUAGAAAGCCCCUGGCGGUGAAUCAGAUGCCGCAUACAUCCCCAUUGCCAUUGUUCUUAGACUGAGCAUUCGCCAGCCUGUCAGAGAAGAGACACACACAUUUAUCAUUGCUCUUCCCUCCUCCCCUCCCUCCCUUCCCACUUUGACAUCCCUGACCCUCCCCCCUUCUUUAUCUCUCCCUGCCCCUCCCUCCUUCCUUAAAGAUCAGAGGUCACUUGGAAGUGCCAACUUCCGAGCCCAGCCAUCAGUGCACUGUGUGGCAGGAAGGUGUGCUGCUUUGUGGGUAUCCAUGGAAGGCAUGGCAUGAUGCUCAGUAAUAAAAGUCAGCCCGGACCCGGUGUUUACACGGCA